GCUGGCUGACAAUGGACCUCUGGUUCUGGAAAAGAGACUCUCUGAAAUAUGCAUGAGGAAAUCCACACCUGUUACCAGAGACACUGAGAACCUGACGCAUGGAAAAAGGGAAAAGUCGGCCAAACUGAGAAGAGCUGCAGCUGGACGCGGGGACUUGGUGGAGGGUGGACCACAGAGACACUGAGAAGUUUUCACAAGGUCUUGCCCUGAGUAUUGAGUGUCUCUAGAAGUGCAAAUAUGAAUCCUAUGUGGAAAGUGUAUAAAAGCAAAAUGCUGAAGACCCUUAACCCCGAACACGAGGAGGACACUGCUGAAGAGGCCCAUGAGGUGGAGAACAACAUGGGCCCAGUGCAGGAGGACGAGGGGCCCAACGCUGUGUCCCAGUUGGCCAAGCGAGUGCAGGGGGCCGGGGUUAGAGGCUGGAACAGGAUGUCAGCUCUUUUCAACAAAGACGAUGAACACCAGCUACUGGAGGAGACUGAGAGCCCGCCGGUAGCUGACCAUCCACUUGCAGCAAAACCUGAGGAGCCUCCGCGACCCACCAGGCGCAGCGGAUUCUGGGAUAGCUUUGCAACCAACUGGGCUGCCAAGAAGCAGGCAGAGGCAGCCGCCGCCGCUGCUGCUGCUGCAAACGAGGCGGCAGCGGGGCAGGGCGAGGAGGGGGCAAACGAGGCCGGAGGAGAGAAGACGCAGGACGGGGAGAGCCCACAGGGAGAGGAGAGUGAAGGAAGAGCAGGAGGAAGCAGCAACAACAGCUUCUCCAAAUACGUCACGUUGGGAGGAGGAAAUGAGGAGUCGUCUCUCAAGUGGAACUUUGUCACCAGCAAGCUAGCAGAGCUGAAGACUAAGAGCAUGACAAAGACCAACUAGCUGACUAUGACAAAUGAAUCUGGGGGAUGUAACCGGAGAGGCCAGAGGUGGUUAGAUGUAGCAGUGUAGAAGAAAUUUAGGAGGAGGGUAUUCUGUAACUCUACCAUCUAAUACACAAAUGUAGCCAUUGGAGA